GUGUGAGCUGCUGCUGGUGGGGCAGCACCGCUUUUUCUAUCUUGAUCUGAACUACUAACCAAGUCUUAGAGAGAUCAAAAUCCAAUCCCGUUCUGAGAGAAAAAAGAGAAAUGACGUUAUUUGAAUAUGUGCCCAAAAUCCUUAAUGAAUAACUUAGGACGAGUAGGAGGCAAAUGCUGCCCCAGCUGUUUCCUGUUGAAAAUGUCUGUGUAAUGUAGAUAAAUGUGAGGGAUUUUCUCUCUAAAUCCGUCUCCUGUUCGCUAAAUCUCACUUCUCCAAAACGAGCCUGCGCAAUGGAACAAAGUCGGAAUAUUGAGAUGUGACAUUGCCCGCAUCUCAUCCUCUUUCUCCCCGUUUUUAAUGACUUCAAACAAGUUCAUUUUCGCCGGGCUUUGUCUUGCGGAGACCCGUGGGGAUGUCUAGCGCUCUUUCCUUUCAGUGGCAUUUAUGUGAUGUCUUUAAGAGUGCGAUGUGCUGUAUCUCCUGUAGCCACACCCUCUCACUACUGCUGUGCGUCCUCACCCUGACUCCGACGGCAACAGGGGCGGGCCCAGAGACCCUGUGCGGGGCGGAGCUGGUCGACACGCUGCAGUUUGUGUGUGGAGAGAGAGGCUUUUAUUUCAGUAAACCAACAGGCUAUGGCCCCAAUGCACGGCGCUCACGUGGCAUUGUGGACGAGUGCUGCUUCCAAAGCUGUGAGCUGCGACGCCUGGAGAUGUACUGUGCACCUGCCAAGACUAGCAAGGCUGCUCGCUCUGUGCGUGCACAGCGCCACACAGAUAUGCCGAGAGUACCUAAGGUUAGUACCGCAGGGCACAAAGUGGACAAGGGCACAGAGCGUAGGACAGCACAGCAGCCAGACAAGACAAAAAACAAGAAGAGACCUUUACCUGGACAUAGUCAUUCAUCCUUCAAGGAAGUUCAUCAGAAAAACUCAAGUCGAGGCAACACUGGGGGCAGAAAUUACCGAAUGUAGGGAAAGAAGGAAUGGACAAAUGCCCAGCGACUUGGGAAGAGAGAAGGGAGUGGCCUUACCUGGUACCCCUGUGGAAUGGUUCACUGUAAAACAAAACAAAAAGUAUGCUAACAAAGGUCCGAAAAGCUCUUCAAAAUGAUUGAAACCUGAGAGCUAAGUGGUGUUUAAGGGUUUGAUGAGGGAUCUUGUGAUUAUUUUAUACACUGCACCAUUCCAUAUCGGGAAGAAUUCUUUGUUAAUGCAAUGUAACAGACUAGUUUAGCUGCUGAGACAUGAACAAGAGCUUAUUAUACCUCCAUGUGUGAGCUGCAGCAUCCCCUGGCUCCAGGAAAGGUGGGAACGGAUCUGGGCUUCAGCCAAUCCGUGAGCGACAGGCUAUGUUUGAGAAUGAGUGGUCCAUCCUGUCCCCUGAACUUUGCGGAGGUAAAUCCUUUCAGUCUGAGAGAGUGGAUUCAUUCACUAAGUUAGACAGGAUACUUUGUCACCGGUCACAUAUAACAGUUUCUACCCCAGUUAAAAUCUGAUUAUCUUACCUAGUUUGUUUUUAUGCACUAUGCAUUACUGCAGAUAUUUUUAAUAGGCAAAAACAAGGUUUUGCUUCAAAGGACAAAGACCAGGUGGUUCAUUAUCAGACUUUCAAUAUUGUUAUAGUUAUUUUACUUUGAGCCCAAAUCCCUACUUCUCAUUGACUCCUGAAGGCAGAGAUUGUCUGUCUAAUUGGAGUCCCUUGAAGGUUUGAGUCCUAUCCAAAUCCCUCCUAAGCCUCAGAAAGUGUUGAGAACUUGAGGACUUGACGGACUUCUAUAACAAAAGAUCAAACACCAUUAGAGGGGAUUUUAAGGAAGGUGGGAAGUAUAAAACCAAGACUGUGCCUGUUUUACAAAAAAACAGAAACUAAUUAAUCAGAAGCUAAAUUGAAUUAAGGUCUUUUGGCCAGUCAGUGCACGGUGCUUGUUUGGUUGCAAGAAAUGGGUCAUUCAGUGGAUUCAAAGUGCAUUUGGCAUAAAUCAGUGGAAUAAGUCAAAUAGCAACAAUCAGGUAAAAUGUUUGUCGUGGCCAAAUCAGAUUUUUGUCAACAAUCCAGUAACCGGUGAUCAACAUUUGAGUCUAAGUGGAGGCCUGUGUUCAAGGUUAAGUGCAAGUCAUGAAAGUUUAGUCACAGCAAGUCAACAAGCACUCUAAAAAAAGAUAUUUUUCCUGUUCUCUUAAAGAACUAACAAUAUGUUCCAAAAUCUGUCAACACUUAAAUUUGAAGCAAGAGAAGGAGAGACUCUAAGAAUAGCCACGUAGAUGGGAAGUUAAAAUAAUUGAUCGAUCUUGGCCUGUUAUAUUUUGGUCUUUUAGGGAGGCCGAGAACUUUGCUACUUCAGUUGUCGCUUGGACUGCAUUAUCUGCUAUCAUGGCGAGAGUACAACAAAAAUCCACAGCAUCUGUUGCAAAGUCCACUGGAGAAACAUGCAGAUUAAAUGAUUUGGUAAAUAUUGCAAACCAAAAUGACAAGUCUUUCUGGAGAUAUGAGAUGCAGCACACAUAUAACUACAAAAACACACGUACAAAAACACCCACAGUGUAAAUGAGAGUUGUGUAACUGUGAGUAAGGGUCAAGCACACACACACACACACACACACACACACACACACACACACACACACACACAAACACACACACACACACACUUUUCAUGAAAAGCCGAUUCUGAGAAGUCCUUGCAUGAGGACUGACAGUCACGGCUGUUUAUUCAAGCCUCCAUGCGGAUUUACAGUAAUUGUAUCGCACAAACCACCCAAGACAUCUCAUCUCUGCCUCCUCUGCCUGUGUAUAAUCAAACAGUACUCCCAUUUAUGUUAACCUAUGCAUACCUAUCAUUCAUUGUACAUGAUGGUUUCAUAUAACAAAACUGUAUUCAGAAUCCUAUCCACUGUAUAAUGGUGCUAUUUUGUAGUUUGUUACUUGCAAGAGAUGGCUAAUACAGACAGAUGGCAGGGCUUACAUUGGAGGUCUUCCCUUUUGCACAGCCUUGUGGCCACCAUUUUAAUAGUGUUUUUAUUUGUAAGCUGUUUCAAUAAGGUAGUAGUGUAAGCGAGUAAAUGUAUCUGUGUGAAAUCUGUGAAUGCAUGGAGAUAAAAAAAAAAAAAGAAAAUAUCAUGUUGUGGUCCCAAGAAGGCAAAAUGCUAUUUUUUCUACUGUUUUUGAAUUAUUUUCUCAAUAUAGAUCCCUUAUGCCAAAUAACUUGACAAAAGUACUGUGAACUGUGAUUCUUCCAAUUGUAUUAAGAUUGUUAAAAGUCAUGGUGUGCUUUUGUCUGUCCUGAGAUGUGUGUGUACAUGCACCUCACUUGAAGCCAAGGUAUUGAUUAUUAAAAACACUUAACGCGAGACUACGUAACUUUUACUGAACAGCGUGUACAAGUGGUAAUUACAGGAUCAUGGAAUAAAACAUUUGCCUUCAUUUCCCAAGAUUAUUGUGAGUCAGACAACAUUAUCUUUUCAUCUGUGACACACUAAAAUGGAGUGUAACAGGAGCACAAGUAGACAACAACCAUAAUAUCAGCACAUUUACUCAUUAGUGUCACACAGUGUCUAGCUUAAAGGAAUAGUUUGACAUUUUUGGGAAAUUCACUUUCUUGCCGAAAAGAUCAAGCUAAGCUAAGCAGAAGAAAAGCUUUUUUUUUUUUUUUUUUUAACAGAUUAAACAAACAAGAUGAGUGUGUUGACAUGCAAGUUUUAGAAGUGCUAGUUGGCAAGAUAGCCAAGUAAGCAGUUUCCCCGUUUCCAGUAGUUAUGAUAGGCUAAGCCAACUGGCUUCUGGCUGUAGCUUGAUAUUUAGACUACAGAUAUGAGAGUGUUAUCAAUAUUCUCAUCUAACUCUGGGCAAGAAUGCAAAUAAACGUAUUUCCCUAAAUGUCAAACUAUUGCUUUAAGUUUGCUAACGUUAGCUAACAUUAGCCUGCAUAAGCUACUGGUCAUACCAGACCAAUUAAAGCUAUAGUGGCAAAAUUGAAUUGCCACUAUGCCGAAUUGAGCAACGGUGCAUUUUGUUGCUUAUGAAUUAAUUUGUUAAAGGAAGAAUGUGUUAUUCCCUCAGAAUGUUACAAAGUCUCACUUUAGGAAUAAGCCAGGAGUUUAAUUUAUUUUGACCAAAACAAAACUCUCUGAAUUCAAACUUAUUUUCACCGAUUAAUUUAAAAGUGUGUUUUUAUCUGUAUGAUAAUAAUGAUCAACAUAUGCAGCCUACUUUGGUGUCUAUUCCUUACAAACUAUAUUACCAGUCGGCCUGGCGGCUGAAAUAAAGAAUAAGCUGGUUGUAGAACAACUCCGGUUCCCCCAGACUUUCAGAUAUACAGUACAAACCAAAGACAUCAAUUCACACACUGUAUCUGGUACCUGAAAAACAGCUUAUAAUUUAAUGCAUAGCGAAGUGAGACAGACAAGUCCCUUUCUGUGUAUCUGUUGUUUUUUUUUAAGAAAGCUGCAGCAGCCAACUUUAAAUCGUGUUGACUAUGAAUCAUUCAAACACUCUGUUUGUCACUUGUAUGAAAUAUAAAUCAAUAAAGUCUAAAAUGUGGGAGUGAGAGAUUCACCACUCUGUGAGGUGUUUAAUGAGAAAAUGUCAUUUCCUGAGAAGUCCAAGAAACUGUUUGAUUACAGCGCUGUUAUUCAUGGUGCUCGAUUGCCUUCUGUAGAAACAAAAUACUGACAAAUUGUUCACCAUUCCUGCUGAAUAAACCACUUGUCAACAUCA